CAAUUGAAACUUCGAAUUUGUGUACCACACCGCAAAAACCCAUGGAGGUGGGGUUUAUAUCCACGGACUCCAAAGCGGCCUAGCAAGUGGCCACUGCAACUUCUUUCCGACGGUUCCCAUGUUUUCCCCUGUAAAACAAUUCAAGAGCUUAAGCCCUCGCCUGCAGUUCGCGGCCUACCAGCUUAGGUACGCCAGAACCGAUGCCGGUCCAAAUAGACGCCGCUCCAAGUCGCCAGCCUUUACAGCGAAAAAGACCGACCAGAAGUCUGAGUGGUGGAUAGUGGACGGCGAGAUGCACGAGAUCGGAGAUCACGUGCCUCCACGCGAGCGCUUUGUUAUUCCCAGAGACAACGUCCCCAACAGGCGCCGUAAGCAGCUCAGAGAGCAGUUUAUGCGCCGUACUCGCCUCGUUCUCAAGGAAUCGGAGCAUGAGCCUUGGUGCAAACGAUAUAUGGAACUAUAUGAGGAACUCCGAGAAAAUUGGGAAAGGCUGUACUGGGAUGAGGGCUACUCUAAAAAAAUUGCCCAAGAUCAUGCCAACUACGAAUCUGCUGAGGAUGAUGAUAAAGAUUUUAAUCCAUAUAGGAGCAAGCGAUUUGAGGAAAUGAAGGAUCAAGGUUUUGGGAGAAAUAAGCAAGGUGAUACAUGGGAAAAGGUCAAUCAAAUUCGGGACAAAUUUGAAUAUGAUAGAGAGAAAAGAAUGGCAGAGAAAGCAUUUGCUCCAAUGAAUAGGGGAAUACCUUCUGAGUUACCUAAUCCAAAUUUCCGGAACCAGCCUUUUGACACCCAAAGAUAUUUCGCUGAUGAGAGGGACUGAAUGAUUAUGCAAAGGGGUAUUGCCCUUGAACUUUAAUGCCAAAGUCACAAUGGAGAUAUGCUGGAGGAGCAAGUCUUUUGGCUCUUGAAAAUUGUGGCUAUCCACUGAUUGAUGGUUGUUUCACGAAACCAGAGCAAAAGGUUAUCUGAUAAUGCAAGGAUUAUGCAACAUUUUUAACCUAGUCAAAUGAAAUUGCUCUAAGAUAUUUUUUUCCUUGGUGCUUAAAAGGCUUGUAAGAUAUAAUUUCUUAUAAUCAUUACUUGUGAUAAAGUGAAAGCAUGAAGCAUAGUUUGGUCCCUCCUUUAAGUUGUAAGACACUAAUACAGAAAAUGUUUAUCCUCUAGUUUGAUAUUUUCA